UUAAUUUACUUGAAAAUGAUAACUAUUCUCCUCCACCAGUUGAAGCGUCGAGCUCAUCAUCAGACAGUCUAACUUUAACUUCUGAAACUGAUUCUCAACUAACUAUUGUAUCAGAAUUUAAUGAUGAUAUAGAAGAUUUUGAAAUCGAUCCAUUUUAUUUUGAAGAAACACAGCAAGAUGACAGUAGCGUAAAUAGUAAUAAUAGCAAUAUAGAUGAAAUGCAAGAAAUAAAUAGUUAUGCAGAUGAAGUGCAAGAAAUAAACAGCGAUGCAGAUGAAGUGCAAGAAAUAAACAGUGAUAUAGAUGAAACACAAGAAGUGAAUAGUAAUGCGAAUAAAAUACAAGAAACGAAUAGUAAUAUGGAUAAA